GGCAAGAUGGCGGCCUCUGCCUUUGCCCAUGCCUUCAGAGCUGCAUCAGGGGUCUUACGGCCCCUGAAUAUUUUGGUGUCUUCAGCCUGUCAAAACGGUGUCAAGAAUGCCUGUCUUAGUUCUGCACUGUCCACCCGGCAUUUUAGUUCUCUGCAGACACCAGUUGUUUCCUCUGCUCCCAGACUUGCCACGUCUGUCAGAAACCUGACAUGUGGACAUACUGCAGCAAUCCUCAAUAGAGCGGCCCCCUUGCUUCCAAAUGUCCUCAAGCUACCAGUCAGAACUGUAACAUACUUCAGUUCACAGAAAGGGAAGAGAAAGACUGUGAAAGGUGUCACCUACAGGUUUCUUCGACUUCAUUCUGGCCUGUGGCUAAGGAGGAAGGCUGGUUAUAAGAAAAAAUUAUGGAAAAAGACAACUGCAAGAAAAAGGCGCUUGAAGGAAUUCGUGUUCUGCAAUAAAACCCAGAGUAAGCUCUUAGAUAAAAUGACAACAUCUUUUUGGAAGAGGUGAAACUGGUA